AUGUCAGCCCUCCUGCUGCUGGGGCUCCUCGUGGCCACGCUCUGCCCAGCUGUCCUCUGCCACCCAGUGGCCACAGCUGUCCCUCAGGAUGCCCGCCGGGAGGACACAGCUGAUGCGACACGCCUGGUGGGGCUGGUCUCCAGCAAUGCUGACUUUGCCUGCAGCCUCUACAAGCAGCUGGCCUUGCUGAACCAGGACAAGAACAUCAUCUUCUCCCCACUGAGCAUCUCCACUGCCCUGGCCUUCCUGGCCCUGGGGGCCCGUGACUCCACACUCACGGAGCUCCUCCAAGGCCUCAAGUUCAACCUCACUGAGCUGCCCGAGAAGGAAAUCCACCAGGGCUUCCAGCAGCUCCUGCUCACCCUGCGCCAGCCCCAAGAGCAGCUGCAGCUCAACCUGGGCAAUGCGCUCUUUGUUGGCUUGAAGCUGCUUCCGGACUUCGAGAAGGGCGCCCAGGAGCUGUAUGCUGCCGAGGCCUUUGACACCAACUUCCAGGACACGGCCACUGCCAAGAAGUUCAUCAAUGACCAUGUGGCUGAGAAAACCCAGGGCAAAAUCAUGGACCUGUUUGACAGCCUUGACUCAGACACAGUGAUGGUCCUGGUGAAUUUCCUCUUGUUCAAAGGCAAAAUGCAGGAGGUGGAAGCCAGCCUCUCGCUGGCGACCCUGAAGCGCUGGAGAGACUCGGUGCAGACUGAAUGGUUUCAAGAACUCAAACUGCCCAAGUUCUCCAUCUCCAGUGACUUCAACCUGAAAGACAUCCUUCCCAGGCUGGGCGUCAGGGAAGCCUUCACCACGCAGGCUGACUUCUCUGGAAUCACAGGGCACAGGAACCUGGCGCUCUCCCAGGCAGUCCACAAGGCUGUGCUUGAUGUGGCUGAGAACGGCACUGAAGCAGCUGCCGCCACUGGAUUCUUGAUGAUUAAAGUCUCUGCAUUGGAAGGCCUCACUGUGCAUUUUGACCGGCCCUUCCUGGUAGCCAUCGUCUCCACUAACCCACCAAGUAUCCUCUUUCUGAGCAAAGUCACCAACCCCUUGCAAUGGGUGGAUGUGCCCAUGAUGGAAAAGGAGAGAUUCAACACACCCUACUUCCGUGAUGACGAGCUGUCCUGCACUGUGGUGCAGCUCAACUACGUGGGCAACGCCAGUGCCUUCUUCAUCCUCCCAGAUGAGGACAAAAUGCAGGAGGUGGAAGCCAGCCUGUCGCUGGAGACCCUGCGGCGCUGGAGAGACUCGGUGCAGACUGAAUGGAUCGCUCAACUCCACCUGCCCAAGUUCAACAUCUCCAGUGAGUUCAACCUGAAAGACGUGCUUCCCCACCUGGGCAUCAGGGAAGUCUUCACCGAUCUGGCCAAUUUUUCUGGAAUCACAGAGGAGAAGAACAUCAAGAUCUCAAAGGCAGUCCACAAGGCUGUGCUUGAUGUGGCGGAGAAGGGCACGGAAGCAGCUGCUGCCACUGGAUUUGCAUUUAGUCUAGAUUCUCUACCUUUGGGGACCACUGUGCAUUUUGACCGGCCCUUUCUCAUAGCCAUCGUCUCCACUAACCCACCAAGUAUCCUCUUUCUGAGCAAAGUCACCAACCCCUUGCAAGCCUAG